AAACUGUCUCCUUGCGAAUCGAUUCCAUGACGGCGAUUUCCUUUUACUGAAUCGAUUCCGGCGAGUUCGAUAAUCGACUCGGGCAGAGCGGUGCAGUCUCUGCGUAGAGAUGUCAACGCUGAUGUUGAUGUGGCGGUCCCAGUCUUGCCGAGUCACGGUGAUCCGGGCCUACAGACGCGGCCCUCCACUCCCCCACAGAUGUGACCCCCUUCCCAGGGUUCACGUGGUCCCAUGUCGCCGGCUCAGCUCCUCCGCAGGGGGUGUGGCGCCCCCCCUCGCCAAGGAGGGGGAGCUUGGCCUCAAGUGGCUACUGCUGCUCAUCCCCACGGCCGCGUUCGCCCUGGGCACGUGGCAGGUCCAGCGGCGGAAGUGGAAGCUGAGCCUCAUCGCCGACCUGGAGGCACGGACGCGGACCGACCCCGUGGCCCUGCCGCUCGACGUGGAGGAGCUGCGCAGGCUGGAGUACCGGCGCGUGCGCGUGCGGGGGGAGUUUGACCACUCCCAGGAGCUCUACCUGCUGCCGCGAUCGUUCAUCCAGCCCGGGAGGAGCCCCGGCACGGCGGGGGGGCUCGUGUUGGGGCCCGGCAGCGGGGCCCACGUCGUCACCCCGCUGCGCUGCACCGACCUCGGGGUGACCAUCCUGGUGGACAGGGGCUUCGUGCCCAUGAAUAAACUGGACCCAGCAAAACGGCCGGAAGGGCAGGUGGAGGGUGAGGUGGAGUUGGUGGGCGUGGUGAGGAUGGACGAGCCGCGCUGUCAGUUCACGCCGGACAACGACCCCGGGCACAACCGCUGGUACCACCGUGACGUGGGCGCCAUGGCGCGCACCACGGGCGUCCAGCCGGUGCUAAUCGACGCCGACGCCAGUAGCACGGUGCGCGGGGGACCCAUCGGAGGGCAGACGCAGGUGGUGCUGAGGAACGAGCACAUGCAGUACCUGCUCACCUGGUACUCUCUGAGUGCUGCGACUGCUGCCAUGUGGUACAUCAAGUUCAUCCGGCGGGGGUGAUGGCAGAGAUGGAGGAAGAGGGGGGGGAGAGAGAGUGGGGGGGGGGAAGAGAGA